GGAUAGAACAACAAAUAAGCAAGGGGGUUAUGGCCUCGGGAUUAAUUAUAAAGCCCGUUUAACCUCUUUCUUUCAAGGGCUACUUUGCUUUGCCUAAAUUGUCUGACCCUGGAUUCAAACGAGAAUGUUAUGCACACCAUCCUGGGGUAAAACCGCAGCAGAGGGUUAGGGACCUGGCUGUUUUCACACCGUGUGGAAACUCGUUCCAGGGAGUAGCUCUCCAAUGGAGAAUGGAGCGAGUGGAUCGAGGUCAGGCGGGCUGGAUCUGUGAAUUUAGCCUGGGGAGUGGAUCCUGCCAAGGAUGCUGGGAGAAGGCUGGGCCCGGGUUAAAUGGGUCUUAUCCGCGAGUGGAUUCUUCACCGCUCCAAUUUAGCCCCGGAUCUUGUCACUUCUGCCAGCGGUGGAGCACAGAUCGGGAUUAGACACUCGCCUUCCCUGCUCCCAGAUCCUCCUCCCCGGUGGCCACCAUGGGAAGUAAGACUCUGCCGGCCCCCGUGCCCAUUCACCCCUCCCUGCAGCUCACUAACUACUCCUUCCUCCAAGCGUUCAACGGGCUGCCCGCGGUGCCCUCGGACCACCUGCCCAACCUGUACGGCUUUAGCGCCCUGCACGCCGUUCACCUGCACCAUUGGACAUUGGGUUACCCAGCCAUGCAUUUGCCUCGCUCUUCCUUCUCCAAGGUGCCCGGGGUGUCCAGCUUGGUGGACGCCAGGUUCCAGCUGCCUGCCUUCCCUUUGUUCCCACACGUCAUCCAGCCCAAGCAAGAAGCCACCAGCCUGCCCCUCAAAGCCAAACCCCGGUUUGAUUUUGCCAACCUCGCUGUGGCCGCCACCCAAGAGGAUCACUCUAAACUGGGCCAGGCGGACAGCCAGAGCUCGCCUCCGGGGCUCGGCUCCUUGCUCGAGGUAACUAAGCUCUCUCCGGAGAAGAAACCCACCCGGGGGAGGUUACCUUCCAAAACCAAGAAGGAAUUCGUCUGCAAAUUCUGUGGCAGACACUUCACCAAGUCCUAUAACCUUUUGAUUCACGAAAGAACCCACACCGAUGAAAGGCCCUACACAUGUGACAUUUGCCACAAAGCGUUCCGAAGGCAAGAUCACCUGCGGGAUCACAGGUAUAUUCAUUCUAAAGAAAAACCUUUUAAGUGUCAAGAAUGUGGGAAAGGCUUUUGCCAGUCCAGAACUCUAGCUGUCCACAAGACACUGCAUACGCAAGUAAAGGAGCUUAAACCUUCCAAACUUAAAUGCUGAACUCUCCAGCACCCAUGAACUAACUUCCCCUCCAGACUUUAUAUCAAAUUCAGAACAGACACAGACAAAAAAACAAAACAAAAAAAAAAAAACCAAACCAAACCAAAACAAAAAAAAACCCAACAACCCAGGAGGGGAGCACUGAACUUUAUUUUUAAUUAAAAAUAAAAGGUUCCCAAAUCCUGGUUUAAAAUAUUGUUUUGACUUUGAAACACAUAUUAAUAAUAUGGAGAGUGCAAGAGAACUGGCUGUCUUGUGUGGCUUUGAUAAACUUUAUGCCAAAAGGUGGUGCUCACGUAUUGGACAGGAAUCUUCUUCUUUUUUUUUUUAAAGCAAAAACGUAGCUUCCAAAGGUAUUACUUUUUACAUUUUUUUAUUUUAUACUUUUUUUUGACUGUAUAAAGCUUCUUACUUAAACACUUCAGGAAACAAAAAAUUCCAGGAGACAAGAACUGAAACUUUGGCUUCUCGUUACAGCACCAUUGAGACCAGGAGAACAACUUGCGGACUUGUUUGUUUGUUUCUGUUGUUGUUUUCUUUUUAAAAAGAAAUGUUCCAAAGUGACCUAAAUCUCAAGUGAUGAAGUCUGCCAUGCACUAAGAGCCUCAUAUAGAGCUUAGAGCUGCAGUAUCAACACUCCGUGGAGAUCUUGUUUUUGUUUUGUGGUUUAGUGCCUUGGAGGUGGUUUGUAAUUUGUGGACUUAUUUAAAAACACCCAAAGGAAAGAAUAAUGGCAAUAAAUCAAACAGAUGCUAUGCACAACGUGGUUUUAGUGGUACUUUAAAGUCUGUGUGUGUCCCGAUGAGAGAGUAGGCAGGAUAAAUCUCAAUCAGAGAAUUUUAAAGGCUGGCUUUCUGAACAGUGUAUUAAAAAAGUUAAAACUAAGAGACAUUCCAAUAUGUUUUGUUUAUUAAAAAUGUUGUAUGGCUAUUUGGCACUUUAUGCUGAUUAUUGGUAAUUGACAUUUAUCACUGGAUUGUGUUUUUUAAGUAUUAAAAUAAAUUGUUAUUUUACAGGCAAGCCUGA